CUAUUUGUCAAUCGCCGGCAGGUCACCCGAGACGACGCGACCUCAGUCCUCAGACUUGAAUAGGCUCGGCACCUUCCCGUUUCUGUAAACUAAUGGAAUGGGACGGUGUCACGGACCUGCGUUGCUAUCAGGGCUUCAGUCUGUUCUCAACAACUUAGUCUCUUAGAAAUGCGUGAAGGAGUCCCGAUUGGUCAAGUUGCCUUCGCGGCGUCGCUAGCGAGUGCUGUUGGUUGGUUUUAAUACAAAGAGCAAGAGCGGGGCUUGUGUCGCACAAGGGCAAGGCUCUGAAUUGUUGCGGAUUCUCGUGCGGGGACUACGACUUGAUUCUGGCUUUUCCUGACCCCUGAGGUACGGAUACUCGAGUUCCAUUGAUGUCUCCAACCAUGAGUGGAAGCCAGUUACAUCGAGAAACAGUGAGCGCAAACCGGUCGCGCAGGCUCACCGCUCACGGCGAUCCAGUCGCGAGCCCCAUGAGCAGCGCGAGUCCCACCAUAGACAACACCUUGCCUUACCGGGGGACCGAACUCCCCAAAAAUAGCUUACGGCUACUUGACAUAGAGCCGGCUACACACGAUGACGGCCCUGUGGUCUGCACUCUGAAGGAGGUGCCCUUCGGCAGCAGGCCCAAAUAUGAGGCGUUGUCCUAUAUGUGGGGUCCCGAAGAAGGGAAGGAUGCCAUGAUCUUGAAUGGCCAUCCUUUCCAUGUCCGAAAGAACCUCCGGGAUGCCCUCAUCUUCCUCCGCAACGAAGUUGCGUCCGGGAACGCGCAACCGCCGUUCUGGAUUGACGCUAUCUGCAUCAACCAGAGUAAUAGGGCCGAGCGGAACCGACAGCUCCCGAUCAUGGGUCAGAUCUACUUCAGAGCAGGCACGGUCGUGGUCUGGUUGGGGAGCAGCUACCAAACCUUUGAAAAGAGGAUGACUAAUGAGACAACGUCUGAAGAGGACAAGAAGCCAGAAGAACACGACUCCUCGCGCGACAAGAGAAUUCAGCAGGAGAUGGUUCGAUGCUUGCAGAAGGACGAUUACUGGGGUCGUCUCUGGAUAAUCCAGGAGAUCGGCCGAGCGAGGAAGCUCCGGGUCUGCUUCGGAACUCAAACGCUGUCGUGGGAGCGUUUUGCUCAGCUGAUCACGAUGCACAACGGAGAUGGGAACACCGGGCCGCUACGAUUGGACGGACUGCUCCGCAAAGAAAAGUACAACGACUCUCACACCCUCAAGAGACUUCUCGAGGAUCAUAAGGCAGCAAAAUGCUCCGAUGUGAGAGACAAAGUCUACGGGCUCGUUGGGCUUGCCUCGGACGCCGCAGAGUUUCCGAUGGACUACAAGAAGACUCCGUAUGAAGUGUGGAAGGAUACCAUGGUGUUUAUGAACAUGUGGGGUCUGUUCAAGGAGGAAUCCCAAAUCCUCCCGGUCGGAGCUCUAGUGAAGAGCCUUCUGAUGGAAAACCACAGCGAGCCCUGGAGUUGGAUCUCGCCCGGGAAGGAGCACGAGGACCAGGUCGACUCCACUCAGCUUAUCGAAGACUCGGACAGCGCUCUCGUUUUUCACCUCGAUGCGAUUCCACUUGGCUGUAUCCUCGGCGUUGGACCUUCCGCCAGGGAGGUCGUUUCCAGCCCCCACGGCACUACAGGGUGGUCCACUGCCAUCCAGCGCUUGUUUCCAGCAGGCGAACUGGGGCCGGCUCGCAAGGAGUACGACAACUUGGUCAGCACGCUCCUUGAGUCCAAUGAUUCAGAUGUUGAGAAGAUGUGCUUUAACAGGCCAAGUUCUGUCGUCUUCUGGUCAACCGCGAAGUGCAAUGACUACCGAUCAGAGACCGUUAGGGGGUGCAUCGAGCAAAUUGAAAAAAGGAAUAACAACCUCACGAUCCAGUUUCCAUAUACACUACAGCAAGGGGCAGACAAACCUUUGACAUCUGUUCAGCCCCGGCUGUACCUGGCGAAGAGUUACACCCGGGACAAACCCUCUUGGCCUAAGAUGGGCGUGGCCUCGGGUCUCGUUGAGCUUAGAGACCUCGUCUGCUGGGUUCGCUCAUCGAGGCGAGCCCUCUUGGUCAGGGAUACUUCAACAAGUGCAGGGGACGGGUACAUUGAAAAGAAGGCAAGAGUGUUCGGCACAGCAUUAGUCACGGGCGACAUGCGUCGCCCAGCCCCAGACAAGGACUUUUACACAAAUCGAUGGAGUUCCCUGGAGAACGAGAAAAAACUAAAAAUCCAGGUCGAUGCUAGCACAAUAUUCACGCUUUUGGAGUGAAGGACCAUCAGUUCUAUUUUCUUUUCACCGGAUUUUUGGAGAUUGUUGAUGAAGGGGCGGCCUUGUAAGAUAUGAUCACAGACUCAUGUCAAGUUCCAGUUCGGCCGGGGGAGAGAGAAUGGGAUUUUUUCAAGCUUUUGUCCUUUUCAUUCCAAGCACUGAGCGGCAUCACACGUUCUGAUUAACGCACUUGGUCGUAGGUUUGUUCGAGCACCAGCUGUUAUUGCAUCAAUGUCAAAUUUAUAUAGUUACAGAAACUACUGCUGUUAACGUGGC